GUUAUACUGCUGACCUAUACGUAACCUAGCAGCUCUGCCGGAGUGCCGGGUCGCUUGCCGGAUAUAUCCUACGGAGACGGAGUAUUGUUUUUGCUAAGGCUUCAGAUCUGGGAUUAUCCUGAGGGAAUUUACCAUUGUUGUAUCAAUAUUAUCACUGGUACUGCGAGCUUAAGAUUUCUACAUGCGUCUCAGCUCUAUCAAUUAAUCAAUGGCGGUGAAGGAGAAAUCACGAAUUCAAAAAGUAGCAGAAGAGGUAAAAGAAGAACAAAGUCCAGAAAAGGAGCUGCAAAAUGCGCAGUCUUCAAAAGAGGAAGAGGAAGGGGAAGAGGAAGAAGAGCAGACCUUCGAAGAGUUGGGUCUGGACCCUCGCCUUAUCCGUGCCUUAACUAAGAGAAACAUUGACAAGCCCACUCCCAUCCAGCGCGUUGCUAUUCCUCUCAUUCUCGAAGGUAAAGAUGUGGUUGCUCGAGCAAAGACUGGUUCUGGUAAGACCUUUGCCUACCUUCUUCCUCUGCUUCAUAAGCUCUUCUCCAUUUUGCCUUCCAAGAAGAACUCUGCUCCCUCUGCUAUCAUUCUUGUCCCAACUCGGGAACUCUGCCAGCAAGUUUAUUCGGAGGCUACAUCUUUAGUUGAAUUGUGUAAAGCGCAAUUAAAAGUUGUCCAGUUGACAAGCACCAUGUCCACUUCUGACUUGAAAACCACUUUUGCCGGGUCUCCUGAAAUUCUUAUAUCUACACCAGCUUGCAUUAAGACAUGCUUUUCAAACAGAGUUCUUCAAGCAGAAGCUCUUCAAUAUUCCCUCUCCAUUCUAGUACUUGAUGAGGCCGAUCUUCUUUUGUCAUAUGGUUAUGAAGAUGAUCUAAAAGCUCUUACAUCUUACAUCCCCAAGCGCUGCCAAUCCCUUCUCAUGUCUGCUACUUCAAGUGAAGAUGUUGAUAAGCUGAAGAAGCUUAUAUUACAUAAUCCCUGCAUCUUAACGUUAUCUGAAGUUGGUAACCUUAAGGAUGAUGUGAUUCCCAAGAAUGUCCAGCAAUUUUCUAUUUCUUGCAGUUCUAGUGACAAGUUUGUGCAGAUCCUUGCCCUCCUGAAGUUUGAGCUAGUUCAGAAAAGAAUUCUAAUAUUUACAAAUUCUAUUGACAUGAGUUUCAGACUGAAAUUAUUCUUUGAACAGUUUGGGAUUAAGGCUGCAGUUUUAAAUGCUGAGCUUCCUCAAAAUUCACGCUUACACAUUCUUGAGGAAUUUAAUGCUGGACUUUUUGAUUAUUUGAUUGCAACUGAUGGUGGCAAUGCGGAAGGAACAGAUCCAACAGAUGGUAGAAGUCACAACGAGAAUAUGAAACAUAAAAAGCAUCCAAAGAAAAAAUUGGAUUCAGAAUUUGGGGUAGUGAGAGGAAUAGACUUCAAAAAUGUGCACACUGUAAUAAAUUUUGAGAUGCCCAGAACAGCUGAAGGGUAUGUGCAUCGUGUUGGUCGUACUGGGAGAGCAUAUAACACUGGUGCAUCUGUCUCCCUUGUUUCUCCAGAAGACGCAGAAAUUUUACAAGAGGUUAGAUCUUUGUUAGGGGAAAAUGUUGACAGCGACUCAAACUUCAUUGCUCCCUUCCCAUUACUCACUAAGAAUGCAGUAGAGUCAUUGCGAUAUAGAGCCGAGGAUGUGGCAAGGAGUGUUACUAAAAUUGCCAUAAAAGAAGCACGCGCACAGGAUCUGAGGAAUGAAAUUUUGAAUUCUCAAAAGUUGAAGGCCCAUUUUCAAGAGAAUCCUCAGGACUUAGAUCUUUUAAAACAUGACAAAACCCUUAGUAAGAAGGCCCCUGCUCCUCAUCUCCGUAGUGUGCCAGACUACCUAAUUGACCCAACGACACAGGAAGCUAGCAAGAUUGUAAAACUCGCUAGAGCUGCAAUGGGGAAUGAUAAUGCUCCUCGGCGCAAAGGGUUUACUGGGAAAUUUAAAAGAUCCAGGGACCCUCUUCGAACAUUUUCCGCUGAGGGACCAAAGCGAGCGUCAAAAGGCCGGACAAAGAGAAAGCAGAAUGAUACUGAUUUUGGGCAUAAAAAUAAAAAGGGAAAGUCUAAUAUAUUUGAUUAAGUUAUAACUGUUUCUUGCUACACAUCAUAGACAAAAUUUUGUAACUUGUAAAAGCAGUGGGAUCAUAGGUACAGGAUUUGGUGAACAAGUAAUCAUAACUUGCACACAGGUUUCUUUUUCCUGCAUAAUUAGGCCUUGCAUUUCUCUUCACAAAUACUCACGAAAAUGAGACCAAGUCAUGUUUGGGAGUGUAUUGGUAUUUUAGGUGGUGUUAAAAUAGCAUCUUCAUUCAAAUAUACCUCAAACAAUGUCCAAGGUGGUGCUUAGUGACAUUGCUAGUGUAAAUGUUUGGACGUCGG